AUCAUAACUUUCAAAGAAGAUAAAAGAAGAAAAUGAAAAUACAAAAAUGGGAUAUAUCCGUCUAAAACAUAUUGGAAAUGAAAUAGAGGUUGGUCAGAAGAUAACCUUUAGAGUGAAAUAUAACAAAAAAGGAAAUGAAAAACCGGGCGGAAUGGCCGUAAAUUUCAGACAAGAGAUGGGCGAAGGGAAGGAUAUCAUUCUGCAUUUUAAUCCAAGGUUUCCAUCAUAUCAAAUAGUUUCGAACUCUUUCGUAGAUGGUUCAUGGCAAAAAGAAUUUUUCAUUGGUGCAAAUCCGGCAGUAUUUUCGGACGAGUUUACGCUAUCAUUGGACAUCAAAGAUAGUAGAACUGUGUUGGUUAGAGUCCAAGGCGGAAUAUUGACGACUUAUACCUGCCCCUUAGACAUAACCAAUACUGAAUUCAUAGAGUUUUCUCCUGAAUACAGUAUCACCGAAGAAUACAAUUAACAAUUGGCAUACUGGUAGUUAUUAAGAAAGUUUGAUAUAUAUAAAAACUUCAAUCAUCGAGUUUUAACGAAACUUUAUGAAAGUAUAACCCCAGAUUCUAAAGAAAAAAAUAUUCCGAAAAAAAGUUGUAUCAUA